AUGAUGCUCGUCGACCCGAGCCCGUCCACUUCUUCGAUAGCUGCCCCGACAACGACCGCCACGGCCUCGGCGACAUGUCCUCCUCCCGCCACCCUCCCCACACUGCUCCGAUCCGUGACCCAAGCCACCGCAUCGACAUCAACAGCAACAGCAACGUCGACUCCACCACCCCCUUCCGCAGCGCCAGCGCCACCACCGACCGUACCCAAGCGCGCCGAUCUGCUGUCCUUGAAGCUCAAACUUGCGGACCUGCUCCCUCCCCACCUCGGUCAGCUGUACUGGACCUCGUUGGUCGAGUUCAUGAGCGGUCAGAUCAACCGCGACGAGUUGCAGGGCGUGUUUGAGAGGGUGUUUGGCAAGGGCAAACCAGGCGAGCACGACACGGCACGUGAGUAACGUCUUGGCAUCGGUCGCGUACACGUACACCGAAGAAACGGAAACUGAACGUGUUUCAAUGUCCCGUGUAUAGUCCAACUUCACAACGCGUUGCUCCUGUCGAUCCUGUACAACACGACGCGCAUCGCCGUCCCUCCGUCGACGCUGCGCCAUUCCGGCUUCCAGGUCAAACGAAGACUAGGCGCACCCAACGACCCUCCCAACAACGGCUCCACCUCCGAUGUCGAUCCUCUACGCAAGAAACUCAAGACGCUCGUCAUGUCCCUCGGGAAGCGCGAAAGGAGGGAGAUCAAGGCUCUCGUGCCUACUCAGACCGGCGUGACGGGCACCGCGGCCUCGACGACGAGUGCUGCCGCUCUGCUGCAACAACAGGAUCAAGCGCAGUUGCAGGCCAUCAAGGAAGCGGGUGGGGUCGUGCCGAGUGCUUUGGCCAAGAGGGAAUCGGAGAGGGAGAGGGAGCGCAAGAGGGACAAGGAGUUGGUCCGGUUGAGCACGCUCGGCGCGGCAUUGGAAUCAGGCAAGCGGAGGGGGGAAGUCGACGCGAUUGGGGGCGGAACGGGUGGCAAGACCGAUCCUGGUGAGCUGAUUGGCAUCGUGGGCAAGAGGAGCUACGAAAACUGAUCUAUGGCCGUUCCCAACCAAUCUCAGCCAUCACGCAAGAAUAUCAACGCAUCAUCGCCUCCUCGUCGGCCAAAGACUCGCUGCUCUGUUCGACCUCCAAGCUGUUGCCCGACGUCGAUGGGUUGCGGGAUCGAAUGACGCUGGUCGUUUUCGAAUCGGGCUUGGUCGGAGGUGGGGUCGUCGACGAGAGGGUCGGGUUGUUGGGCGUUCGGGCCGUCGAGGUGAGUUUGGAUUACGGAGCUCGAGAUGAGAGAGGGGCUUCUGACUGAUUUUUGAGGGGCUGUGUGAUCCGCUUCAGACUCAUUUGAAAAAUAUCAUCGCCCACGUCGUGGGAUUGGUACGGUCCGAUCGGGAUAGAGGGAUACGGACGUCGUCGAUCACGAAGGAACAGUUGUCCAUUUUCGACGCUGCAAGGCCAGUGCGGAGGGAGGUACGAGAGGACGAUCCGCCAGCAGGGGAAGGGGACGUCAAGGCGGAGCAAUCGUUCGAUCCGGUGAAAGCGGUGCGAUUACUUGAUCCCCCACUCGAACACGAUCACGUCGACGAGGAGGACGAGGAUGAAGAGCAACGGCCUUUGACGACCGACGAUUUCCUCGGCUUGUUCGACAUCAACCCCUCGGUCUUGGUCGUACCUCGACUAGGCGCGGUUGAGAGAUCCUACGCUUUGCCUCCUGAUUCGGACGAUUCGGACAUGACCGAGGGCGACGACGAAGCAGAGGACGCGGCGAUCGAAGCCGAUGACGAGGCCAUGGUCGUCGAUGAGCCCGAAGCCACCACCGCCCCGCCGACAACGAUGCCCAAGUUCCCCGAACGACCUCGACUGGGAGGCAAAUCGCAUCCGAAACUCGCCCCGGUGCGAUCGACAUCGUCCUCCUCGUCGACCACACUGGCCGGAACCUCCUCCCUCUCUCGUUCCAAACAUCCCCUUUCUCGAUCCGGCUCCACCUCGCGUCGGCCCUCGACUAUCUCGCGCUCCCGUUCGCACCGACCCAGUCGCUCCAACUCCUUCUCUACGAACGCUCUUACCCCGGGCGGAGGACCUCGUGACCAAUACCUCAUCGACCCCUCGGCCGUCGCGAUCCCUCAAGGUCACCCUGACGUCGCGCAUGCUCGAUCAUCGGCCUCGAUCCCGGGGCAGGCGACUUUGUCAACGAAUGGGGACAAUCCUUCGAAUGGAUCGAGGGGGAGCUCGAUGGUCGGUACACCGACGACGGGGAGUGGUCCGACGAACAAACCCUCGGCGAUAUCGACCUCGAUCGCGACCACCAACACAGCAAACACUGCAGGCGGGGGAGGAGGCGCCGCCCAAAUCUCACCCAAGAGCUUGGCCCUUCGGCAUCAACUCUUCCCCGAAUUGUCGAUCGAGUCGCCUUCGUCGGCGGGGUUAGAAGGUGGGUCGUUCGCGGAGCAACAGAUGGUCGGUUCGCCUUCGGCUAUGCAACGAGGCGGUGCGAACGGUGGGAACAACACCUCGACCGAUGGUGGAUCCGAGGAUGAUGAACCUUCUGCAGGGACGCACGCUUCCCACCUUCCUGGAUCGCACGCUUUGACCAAAAUCGGUGGACUUCAAGCGGGUGGUGUGGGAUCGUCGAUGGGUCCUGCGGGUGCCGCCGGUGGCCCGGGUAAGAAGAACAAGGAACAGCUGUGGCAGGUCGUGGAUAGUGUGAGGUUGUUGGAUGGGGUGUUGUAA